CUGCCGCACCUGGAUGGAACGCGCAUGCGCAAGGCUGUCUCUCGCAGCCCCGCCUUCCCUCAGCUUGAAACACCUGCUGCUUCGCGGCGGUGGCUUUGUGCCACUUUUCCCAGGGCUUGGGCAUCAUUCUGGACCCAUGUUCGGUGAACCGGUUACUCUCAGAGCUGCUUUCGGGCGCAGCUCCUGCUGCAGCCAGGGCCCGUUUUAAGAGAGGCUUCCAGGUCCAGCCCUCCCGCUGCAGCCUGCAGGGAGCGAGCCGGCCUGUCCCGAUGACAUAGACACUAGGUUUUUACAGCAAUUCUCUGAUGACCUUGAUAUGGUAGAACGCUGUGUAUUUCAAGAGUAAGCUCUCGUUUGAGGAGACUAACAAUUCCUGUUUUUGCCAGAUUUCUUCUUGAAUGGCAACCUAAAUGCCAGUCCAAAGAGGCCCCCAAUAGACUUGUUCACCCUUCAUGUCCUCAACUCUGGGGAAGUUAAGUAAUCAAGUUGAAGAAACACUUCCACUACUUAAAAAGGUACCUCCAAAUUACUUUCAUAUUUGUUCAGCUAUCCUAAUGGGAUUUUCACUUAGUAAAUCUGCUACUCAGGUAUCUGCUAUACAUAUGGAUUCAAAAGUGGAUGAUCACUUAAUACGAGGGACUGAAAAAAGCAGGUUGGAACCAGCGACUCAGUUAUUUCAAAACACCAAGAAAAUAAGAUUAGAAGACACAAAUCAAGAAAACUUUACAAGGAUUGAAGGGACUGGCACAGGAUCUCUUUCUGAGAAAGCCUUGGGUUCAGUGGUAUACGUCAAAGAAAGUGAUGGACUAGAAAUGACAGAUGUGGAAUGAAGCAAUUUGUACGUAUUACCAAAGAAACCAAAAACUGCCUUUGACUAAGGGGGGUGUUGAAAGAGAACUUAACCUUAUUAGGAAACCCUGACAAAAUGACAGAAGACUAUUGCCUUAUUUUGCACUAUUUGUGAAUCAUCUUACACUGCAUUUUUUUAUGAUGCUUAUUCAAAAGGCAGUUGCUUUAGGGUGAAAAAGGCUUCCAAAAUUCAAAGCAGAUUUCUCUGGUAUUAUAUUAUAUCCUUCUUAAAAACCAGAGUUUUUAAGUAACAGUAUUUGAAUGGCACCAAAACAUUUUCAUUUUAAUGUAUUUCUUUAACAAGUGGUUAAAAAAAGUGUCCAAGCAGCCGGGCGCAGUGGCUCACGCCUGUAAUCCCAGCACUUUGGGAGGCUGAGGCGGGUCGAUCACCUGAGGUCAGGAGUUCGCGACCAGCCUGGCCAAUGUGGUGAGACCCCAUCUCUACUAAAAAUGCAAAAAAUUAGCCAGGCGUGGUGGUGGGCGCCUGUGAUCUCAGCUACCUGGGAGGCUGAGGAAGGAGAAUCGCUUGAACCCUGGAGGCGGAGGCUGCAGUGAGCUGAGAUCAUGCCAUUGUACUCCAGCCUGGGCAACAAGAGCAAAACUCCGCCUCAAAAAAAAAAAAAAAAAAAGUCCAAGCAAUGUGACAUCAGUAUUUCACACUAUUUCUGGUGUAUCAGUUUUGUAUGUUACAUUUCCAUUUUGGGAUUCUGCUUUAGGAUACUUUACUUUCUUACAUUUUGCAUUUUUGUUCUGUAAAAGAUCACUGCCAAUAAACUGCAAAAGACCAAUAAAUUGCAUAUCUUCAGAAGGA